UUAUUGGCUAAUCCAGGCUUCCGUCGAUAUAAGGCGCUUUGUGAUAGCCAUGUCGACCGAUGCCUUAAAGAAGAGAAAGUCGAAGGUUCUCCGCGGUGAAGGAGGGACCCCAGAGACGAAGCGAGGCCGGGGGGAGGUGGACCAGGACGUUCGUGUCUAUAAUGAGGAGGGGGAGCUGGACGGCAGGGACCCCGAGCAGGACUACCUUCAGUACAAAGAAUCCUGUGAGAGUCUGGCUACAGUCAUGAGUGAGAUCCAGGAGCUGAAAGCCAAUGGUGCCAAAGAGGGGAGUGCUGAGGUGGAGCUGAGACGCAUGCAGGGCUGCAUCCACUUCAUGAACCUGAAAAAACUCAACCGUUUGGCUCAUAUGCGUCUAAAAAGAGGGCGAGACCAAACCCAUGAGGCAAAGCAAAAGGUCGAUGUGCUUCAUCUUCAGCUGCAGAACCUCCUAUAUGAGGUUAUGCAUCUUCAGAAGGAGAUCAGCAAGUGUCUCGAAUUCAAAUCCAAGCAUGAAGAAAUUGACCUGGUGAGCGAAGAGGAGUUCUUCCAGGACGCUCCGCCGGAGAUUUCCAGGCCCAGCCUGACCAAAAAUGACCCCCACCAGCUGACACUGGCAAGACUGGACUGGGAGCUGGAGCAGAGGAAGAGGUUGGCGGAGAAAUACGAGGAGUCACAAUCCACAAAGGAGAAAAUUCAGAAGACCAUAGAGGUAAAGAAGGAGCAUCUGAUAAGCCUUCAGCCUGGACUGAAUGCCAUCAUGCAGGCGUCUCUCCCGGUGCAGGAGUAUCUGUCCAUGCCAUUCGAAAAGACCCAGAAGCAGGCAGAGAUUGCCCGUCACCUUCCUCCUCCGCUCUACGUGCUGUUUGUUCAAGCAAAUGCUUACGGCCAAGCCUGUGACAAGAACCUGAGUGUGUCGAUCUGUGGUGACGUGGAUGAGGCCAGGGCCCUUUCCAAGCCUCCUGAUGAUUCUCAAGAUGAUGAGAGUGAUUCAGAUGCAGAAGAGGAGCAGGAGAAAACGAAGAGAAGGAGGCCGACCACAGGUGGACAGCUGGAUGACAAAAGACGAGAGAUGCUAAAAAGACACCCUCUGUCUCUCAGCUUGGUCCUUCAGUGUAAAGAUGGCAGCACUCUGCAUCUCUACUUCUUCUACCUGAUGAAUCUGAAUAUUCUGACUGUGAAGACAAGAGUCUCUACCUCCACAGACCUCAACGCGGCCAUCAGCGCUGGAGAGCUUCUUAAAUCGGAAACUCUCCUGAGCUGUCUCUACACCAGUGACCAAGGAAGAGAAACUCCCAAUCCAGCCAACCGCUACCAGUUUGACAAAGUCGGGAUUGUUUCCUUUGCUGACUAUGUGGAUGAGCUGGGAUAUCCCUACAUGUGGGUCCAGAAUCUGGGAGGACUUCAUUUCCCCACUGAAUCAUCAGAGGGUGUUCUGGUGGGCAGUUCUCUGAGCGCCAGCCACAUGGAGACCACCAUGAAGCUGCUGAGGGGGCGAGUCCUGUCCCGCUUGGCUCUGCACAAACAGUUUGCUUCUUUAGAGCACAACAUCAUUCCGAUCUCCGCCGAGUGUCAGCACCUGUUUCCUGCCAAGAUCAUCUCCCGUCUGGCUCGGUGGACCACCAUCACUCAGCAGGAGUACUUGGAACUGGCCUAUACUCAUCAUGUGACUGAAGCUGGACUGGCCAGAGAGACAGACCUGUACUUUAUGGCAGUUGUCGAAAGAGGAACAGCGCGUCUUCACGCCGCUGUGGUCCUGAGUCCCCGCUACCCAGAGAUCUCUCCUCUGUUCUCUCUGUCCCUCAACUGGAAGGGAGAGUGCAGCGGGCGCAGUGAUGACAACCUAAGAGCCAUGGAGAGUGAAGUGAAUGUGUUCAAAAACGAGCUACAGGGCCCAAAGCCUGGGCAUCAGCUUCUGACCAAUCAGAUCGCACGCCUGUGCGUCUGCUUGGACGUGUAUUUGGAGACAGAAGUGCAAGAUGACAGUGUGGAGGGACCUCGAGAGUUCCCACGAGAAAAGAUGUGUCUGCGUACUGUCAGGGGUCCAAACCGCCUGAAGCCAUUCAAGUACAACCACCCUCAGGGCUUCUUCAGUCACCGUUAGACCUGCGUCCAUAUUUGUCCUUCUGAAAUUGUGUUUGUAUCUCUUAACACAAAGUCCCGUUUUAAAGAUUUUGAAAAUAAAACCUCUCCUUGUUGUCAUCUUUAAUGGUCAUAGAUCUGGUUUGUCUAUGACUAGCAGGCUCUGUUUCACACAUUGUUUUCCAUUUAAUCUCUUGAAUGUCCUCUGUUCUCCAACCUUUGUCUUUCCUGCUCUAUUUUUAGCUAUGUGAGAGCAGGCCGAUUAUUAUUCCACUGUGGUUCAGUGGAGGGGUAAGCUGAGUCAUUUCCACAGGGACAAAUGCACACACAAUGCAACAUUUUGCAUUUUGUGUGCAGGUAACCUUUGACCACUCUUUCAUUGUCUAGGCUUUCCUAGUUUCAGGGCUGCUUGGUAUUGAGAAUUUUGCUGAGAUGCAUUUCACUUUUUCGAUCAAACAAAUGUGGGAGGUUCUUUGUAAUUUUGGGAAGAGGAGAUGUUUUGAAAAUUUCUUAUGAGCCCCUCUGGUGAAGAUGAUCAUUGCUGACUGACCUCAGUUUGAUGAUUUUCACUCAUCAAAUGUGAACAGUUCUGCAGAAAGCUUAAUUAAACCUCACCCUCCAUAGAAUUAAAACAAGUGUUUUGAAGAGAAAAUGUAUAGACAGCAGAGUGACAUCCUAGAGACAGCAGUGAGAUAUUAAUUUGACAGUAUAAGUACAGAGAUGUGGAGAAUAUGAGACAGCACUUGUACUGGUGCUGUGUCUUGCAAAAGUAUUCAAACAUCUCAACCUUUAUUUCAAGGUGUUUGUAUUUUUUUUAAAGAUUUCGCGUAAUAGCUGAGCACAAACUAGUGUAAUUUUGAAGUGGAAGUAAUGUGUUUUUUUACAAAUAAAAAUCUGAAAAGUG